AUGAUCUUGUCUAUCUCCCCUUAUGAAGAACCUAAUAAAUCUAAUUAUGAACAAGCAUCCAUCUGUACAGAUAAAACUGAAUUAUACUUAUUGAUUAAAAGUGUUAAAGAAUCAUCAAAACAUCAUAAGAGAUUGUCAAAUUCACAAUUUAAGUCAAUUGAAGCUGAUACUUGA